GGAUUACACAUGUGUAACCAUACCAUCUUUCAGUUCCUAUUUCACAGAAGCCUAUCACAAGGACACGGAAGAGAACUGAGAGACCUGUAGGGUUAGGUUUGGAGCAAAGUUGGGGAAUCCAGAAGCCACUGCCUAGGGAAGAGGAAGUGCCAUCUAUUGAUUAUGUCCUGGCAGAUGAUGUGGGUUUCUUAUGGGAAACUAUCCCACCGAACUAGGUGUCUGUUUAUUCUGCUAGCACCCCCCAGCACCACACACAGUCCCUCUCCCUUGUCAACCCGACCUCCUUGUCCACCUUCUUCCUCUACUCACUGAAUCCUGUCACAUGGUCUUUAGUUCUCCAAACCAAAGAGCCACUCAGCCUUAGGGCCGUCCUCCUGGGUUACACAUUUCCAGCUCUUCUCUCGCACUUGGAGUUAGUAAACUGUCCCUCCCCAGGCAGGGCUUCCUGCACCAACUAGAAACUCCCCCAGGCACUUCUCCCACUGUUGCGUGUGUCUUCUUAUACCCAGUUUUGUUUACUUCCGGUCCCCACCUUCACAAAGGAACACCAUUAACUUGCAGCAUUAUGGCACUAGGAUCCUUGAGCACAUACUAAGGCCUAACUAUACUUUCCCCGACACUCUGGGCUUUCUCAUGGUUUCUACGGCUUCUAUGUUUAAAGACAUGGCUUCCCACUUCCCUCUUCCCACCAUGUGUUUUCCUGGAACAGAGAUUAUGGAGAGAGGAUUGCUUGUGAUUGCAGCAAUCCAGGUAAGGAGCCAGCACAAACAUGUCUGUGCGUCUUCACCAAGUAGCUGAUGCCAAGCCCUGUUGCAAGCUCUUGUGACAGAUGCUUUAUGUGACGUUACCUGCGGUCUGAAGCUCGUCAGGUAAGCUGUGAUCAGUCAGGCCACGCACGAUGAGGUUGCAGUGCUCUCCUGUUCCCACAGAAGCUCUUUUGACUCCCGAGAGCUUUUCUUUUCAGCUUCAUGACCCCUCGGAUCAAAUGGCUGGGUUUACAUUGGGGUUUUCCCCUCCCCUGGUUCACACCAGGAGCAAAGCAUGACAGAAAGGCUUCAACCUUUAUAUGUGUAUCUUACAACCCAGCACUCUUUUUUUUUGGCUGCCCACUGCUGUACAGGAGUUUACAACUGGGAGGUUACUGUGGGUGGUCCUGGCAGAGGUGUCCCCAGCCAUGGUUGGUGCUAAACCUCACCCCCGGUUCUCACUGGGUGGUGUGGCGACUGUUCCUCAUCCCUUCCCCUGGCAUCUUGAACUAAUUCUGGAGGUGUGGUGGUGACAGGGAAAGUACGUUGAGAGGCAAGUGACUAGAGUGUGGGAAUAAACUGUGACAAUGUCAAGUGUGUUGUCACAUACCUGUAUACCAGGCAGAAGGAUCAGGAGUUCAAAGCUAUCCUGAGCUACAAGGCAAGUUUAAUGCCAGUCCAGGCUACAUGUGACCAUCUCAAACACUGCCACCACCAAACAGAAAUGUGAAAAUACUUGCAUGCCAGUGACAGCCAACAGAACAAACGACUAAAAUGUCAGCAGGGGAUGGCGGGGCAUUGGGAGGAGGUGGAGGCAAAGGUUGCAACCACAGAGCAGGAGUGGGUUCUGCUGACAGGGCUCCUGAAUACACCGACAGGUCAUUGUCCGAUGAGUCCUGCUCUCACCCCAGCUCCCUUGGAGCUGUGUGCCACUGCACUUGGAUCUUCUUUCUGGCAGUCAUAUCGGGAAGUAGCUAAGAAAUGAGGCAAGGGCAAACCCCUUUCUUUCUCUGUAAUGUGAAACCCUUCCAAAUUUUAGCAGCCUGCCCACAAGGACAGUUUAAUUUACCAAAGUUUAGUUCCUCUCCUCAACAUCCUGCAGUCUCAUUGUCCCCUGGGUCCAACGCUGAGAUGACCAACGAAUUAUCUGUCACACGCAGGUUUGGGGGUGUCUUAAGACCCAGGAACGGGGCCUUAGAGUUGCAAAGAAGCUGGAGAUCAAAGGUAGAUGCCACCAAGAGAUCUUGAAGUAAGCCAGGCCAGAGCUGAGAUAGAUUGAUUUGACAAGAUCUUGUUAAGUCAGCCAGCCUGCCUUAAAACUUGUGAGCCUCCUACCUCAGCUCCCACAGUGCUGGUAUUGCAAGAGAAGUCUUGGGUUGGGGCAAGUCUUUAACCAGUUGCCAUAGAACGAAAUAAGGAGUGGAGCAAUGGGAUCCAAACUUGCUGAUCCUGCCCUGAGAAUUGGAGACUUGAAGAGUGGAAGCAGGGUAGGGAGAGCUGAGAGAGAGUGGGGGGGAUGAAUGCACACUGGGAGGGUGAGAAGGAUCUGGAACAUGCUUUCUAAGUUUCCUCUACAUGCUUACCCACUGCAACGACACCCUAUCCUCCAUGGAACUGACAGUCAAGAGUUCUCUUCCCACCCAUCCAACUCCACUGCCACAGCCAUUGUAACUCUCACCCUUCCUCCUGCUCCUAAAACUGCUUGAAAAUGUCCCUUCUCACUCUUACUCCUGGGGGGAAUCCUGAAUGAGAAUCAAAUGAAGUUAAUUUGUCAAUAAACUCUUAACAAAACAGAGUCCAGAGACCCGGGGAUGAUUCUAGGUAACCUUCUCCUCUUAACAAAAUCACCACACUGCACAAGAUUCCUUCCCUAAGGAUGCCGGUACAGCAACUGCCACCAGCCUCAGGGGGACACCACCCUUUUUAUCUAUCCUCAGGGGUAAGAACCCGUUUACCCAAAGAACCCCUAUAACAAUCCUUAUACUCCUGAUCUGUUCAUGUGCCUAUGAUCCAUCUUGGCUCACAUAUCCCAGAUAGCAAUUUAAUUGUUCCCAAGGAAAACUUUAAUUUUAGGGAGUCGGUCUCCCUACUGUUCAUCUAAACUGAUAAUUCCCAAGAAAGCAAUGUUUUCCUCAUGUUAAUACAUGAACACAACUUCUUAUUAGCUGUGUUUGGACAACAUUUGUGAGCUAUACAUGAAUUCUGUCAUGAAUGGGUACCUUGUUACUCUCUAACUCUGGAAAAACAAUAGCAUGUAUUCUUGCAGACCAUUCUGGACGGCUCUACGAACUCAAGGACUCUUUGCGAUGACAGAGUUCAAGCUGUAAAUGCUGGUGGAGACUGAAUGUCCAUUCAGACUGCUUAGCAAGGCAGAAGACAUUUUCACGAGCUGUUCAGGCACUGUGAAGGUGACUGGGUAGGAGUGCUUCUCUGAUUCUGGAAACUUCUAGACUAGACUAGAGCAGAACAUCCAGGAUUGGUAACUGUUGUCUUCUGCCCAUGCUGUCAGGUUCCCCUGCUUGGUGAUGGGAGGCACUGUGACAACUGCACACCAGGUAGGAAGGAUGGUUUAUCUGAGUAUAUUUGGUGUGUGUUUAUGGUGGGAACAAUUUCAUUCUUUAGGCUGCCCAUCCCUUCAGUCAUUUCCCUUUGCUAUCACUGCUACGAUUUAUUGUUAUUGUUGUUGUUGUUGUUGUUGUUGUUGUUGUUGUUGUGUAAUGUGUGCAGGCACAAAUGUACCAGGGAAUGCUCCUGGAGGUUGAAGGAUCUCUUUCUGGAGUCAGUCCUCUCCACUGUGAGUUCAUGAGGCAUGUGCAGGAUGCCCUACUUUCCAAUAGAAAAGCCCCACUGACACCUGUGACUGAAAGCGUGUUCUGAGUUAGAGCUAUAAAUGCAAUAAUUGGUACGGACAAAGUAGUUAUUCAAUUCAGCAAACAGCUCCCAGCCCCGGCUGACAGAGGCAGAGUCCACUUGUGUCUGGUCCCAAUGCUUCAAACCUGUCUCUGAAAUAGAGUUCAGCAUCUUUCUCUUUCCCCUAACGCCUUUUCCAUCAUUUUAGUCCCUUUCAAAGGAAAACCGGCUUCCUCUAGCAAAUAACCAAGUACCAUUUGGUUCUUUGUCUGCACUUGGCUUCAAUCCCUACUCCACUCCACCCCCAGCAGAGCUUGAGACAAGAUUCUUCGGAAAUCUGCCAAUCAGAGCACUAUUUAGGAGUUCCUGGCAGGAAGGUCACCUGGGAAUUCUGAGUAAAGUGCACUUUAAAGGAGCCGCGGUCCAACUCUCCCGGAAGUGCUCCCAGAGCCAUGAGAGGCCUGGACCAAAACAUGACAUCUCUGCGGAAGGCGGUUUCUGAAUAAGCCCGAGGCCUCUAACCAGGCAGAAGGCGACCGGGAUGAAAUCCUUUAUCUCCAAACCCGAAACCACAUUGAGCUGAGCUCUUGGAAGCGUCUGCGUUUCCCUGGCGACGACGCGGCGCAGCAUGAUGACGCAAGGCUUCAGGCAGCAGCAACCCGAGUCAAGGGAGGGAUGACGUCACGUUCCGGGAUGGGGCCGGGGCGGCACCACCAACCUGCUCCACCCUCAGAGGUCUGGACAUUCCUGAUCAACAGUGUUUGCCGGACCGACGCCAGUACUAGGACCACGGACCGACCGCAAGCUGGAUCCGGGCGGUGACAGUACCAUGGGAUCCUCAUCGGAAAGAAGAGACAGUGUUUUAUGGUCAGACAUCCCCAAGGGCCCCCUUAGUGCCUACCGAGCAAGAGCCUCCUUCAAUUCCAAGGAGCUGAUGCUCUUCUGGGACGGCCAGGAUGUACUCGACUUCAAGAAAACCAUCUUCUCAACUUUGGAGAAUGACCCUCUCUUCGCCCGCCCAUUCGGGGCUGAUCUGCCUCUGGAGAAGGAACGAGAACUGAACUUCCUUCGCUGCAAGAGGGUCUUUGAGUAUGGCUUCUUCAACGCAGAGGACAUGCUAAAGAACCCCCUGAAGAUUCUAGUAUUGAUGAACUGCCUGGGCAUGUACGACUGGUCCCUGGCCAACAAAUGUGUCCUCCACAUGUUGGUUUUUGGAUCUACAAUUAUCGGUUCUGGUUCUGAGCACCAUUUCAAGUACCUUGAGAAGAUAUAUAACCUGGAGAUUUUUGGCUGUUUUGCUCUCACCGAACUGAGUCAUGGGAGUAAUACCAAGGCCAUGAGAACAACAGCUCACUAUGAUCCUGCUACCCAGGAAUUCAUCUUACAUUCUCCAGAUUUCGAGGCUGCCAAAUUUUGGGUGGGCAACCUGGGCAAGACCGCAACUCAUGCGGUGGUGUUUGCCCAGCUGUACACGCCAGAUGGCCAGUGCCGAGGGCUGCAUUCCUUCCUGGUGCAGAUUCGGGACCCGAAGACCCUGCUUCCCAUGCCAGGGGUGAUGGUCGGUGACAUGGGGAAGAAGUUGGGACAGAAUGGCCUGGAUAAUGGAUUCGCCAUGUUCCACAAAGUUCGAAUUCCUCGCCAGAACCUGCUGGACCGGACCGGGAAUGUCACCUCUGAGGGCACUUACAACACCCCCUUUAAGGAUGUCCGGCAGCGUUUGGGGGCAUCAUUGGGCAGCCUGUCCUCGGGACGCAUCUCCAUCAUUAGCAUUUCUGUGGUCAACCUGAAGCUGGCUGUGAUCAUAGCUAUCCGAUUCUCAGCCACGCGGCGUCAGUUUGGACCCACAGAUAAGGAAGAGAUCCCUGUCCUCGAGUAUCCACUGCAGCAAUGGCGCCUACUUCCAUACCUGGCAGCUGCCUAUGCCUUGGACCACUUCUCCAAGACAAUCUUCUUGGACCUGAUAGAGCUACAGCGUGGCCGGCAAAGUGGGGACCACAGUGACAGGCAGGCAGAGCUCGGACGGGAGAUCCACGCACUAGCAUCAGCGGGCAAGCCCCUAGCCUCAUGGACAGCCCAGCGGGGAAUUCAGGAGUGCCGUGAGGCGUGUGGGGGACACGGCUAUCUAGCCAUGAACCGGUUUGGCGAACUCAGAAAUGACAACGAUCCAAACUGUACCUAUGAAGGUGACAACAAUGUCCUGCUGCAGCAGACCAGCAACUACCUGCUCAGCCUCCUGGAGCAUCCUCUCCAAGACGGAGCUCACUUCACAAGCCCUCUCAAGACAGUGAACUUCCUGGAAGCCUACCCUGGAAUCUUGGGCCAGAAGUUCAUGGCCUCCAGCAAGGCUGACUGGUUGGACUCAGAAGCCCCCCUGGCAGCCUACCGUUGGCUUGUUUGCUACCUGCUCCGAGAGAGUCAUCAGAGAUACUGUCAAGAGAAAAAGUCCAGAGGCAGUGACUUUGAAGCAAGGAACAACAGCCAGGUGUAUGGCUGCCGGCCCCUGGCCCUGGCCUUCAUGGAGCUCACUGUGAUGCAGCGCUUCCACGAGCAUACACACAGCUCUAGCGUGCCUCCAUCUCUGCGGACUGUGCUUGGACGGCUCAGCAUGCUCUACGGCCUGUGGUGCCUGAGCCAACACACGGCCCUGCUCUACCGAGGUGGCUACAUCUCUGGGGAGCAAACAGGAAAAGCGAUGGAGGAUGCCAUCCUGAUGCUGUGUGUGCAGGUGAGCCGUGUCACCUUUGCUGGGAACCCUCUCUCUGUCCAUACUGUACAGCCUCUACUGUCACCCCGAGGCUAUCCACCCAAGCCCCACCAUCACCCAAUUGUUAAUAAACUUCAGUGCGCCUGGCAGGAGUUAUCCGAAGGGGAAGAACACUGUAUGCAUUUCAAGAAAGUCCUUGGGCAUCCCCACAGCAGAUUGAUCUGUGGGGCUUAAUAAUAGUCCGUGUGAGGAAGCAGGGGUCACGGAACCACCGCCUCAGCUGCAAGUGUGAUAGCUUUUGCAGGAGCUCAGGAGCACUUUCUGCCCCUGUGGCUUCAGGACUUCCUUUCCGGCCUCAGAAAAGCAGUCGGCCAUAGGCUGGGGCUGGGCCUCGGGGGACAGGCUAACAGCCCGCACUCAUCACCUCUGUCAGCCUCCCAGCUUUGCAGCAACAGCACAUGCUGGCUGUCCCGAGUCAAUGGCGACAUGGCAGAAGAAUGCAAACACACACCCAGGGAAUCCAUAACCCAGACCGGGGAGGCCUCAGAGCACUCCGUGCCUGCUCAGGUUUCCACUGCACUGGAACAGCCAACCACAGGUCUCUGUUACUCCACGGUUGCCCUGGAGACUGUAGGGCGUUGCCAAGUGGACGGACUUUGUUUCCCAACAGCUGAAAGACGAUGCGGUGGCCUUGGUGGACGCGAUUGCCCCUUCUGACUUUGUCCUGGGCUCCCCAAUUGGCAGAGCUGAUGGCGAGGUAAGGGGGAAUGCCUCCUGCGGCCACUGAGGCGCGGCUGGAGUCUCUGUGGGCCCUGAGGUAGUGAGCAGUCUCGGGCGCCUUCCUGGAAAUGGUCACCCUUGGGGAGCUUUCUGGGGACAGUAUCGAAGCUCUUUGCCACUCCAGCUCUGUGUCUCAGGUACCAUUCCUGACCAGCCUUUACCCCAUGAAACAGGGAAGUUGCACCGUUGUCCUGAGUGACAUACCGUUCCUCUGCAGGGACUGAGGCCCAGCUUCCUCAUCCCUCCAUGCCUGCUCUCCACAUGGGUCCUGCAGCUCAUUCACAGACAUGAUGUCAAAGCCGUAACCUUGACAUAACAGCUACCAUUUACCCACCCUGGCCCUGGUCUUUCUGGUCAGACAUGACCCCAUCUGCUUGGUCUAUUUUUAAAACCUUUGCACCUUCAAGUUCUCCUCUGCCCUGCCCUCCAAUCCCAGUUGACUACCCUUUGACUAUCCCAACUGUGGGGCCAUUGCCCCUCUGUGUCUUCCUGUACAGCCCUACAGCUCUUGUUUAGCUUCCUGGUGUCCACUUGCUACUGAAUUCUAGAAUGGUUUGUUCAGAAGUAGUUAGUGGACUUGGGCCUCUCUGUCACCAACAGCCAGGCACCCAAGAUGCAACUAGCAUCUUCUACCGCUGCUGCACCUCCCUGCCCUGUGUGACAGCCCACCACAAGGUGACGCCCAUGUAGGGAGACAUUCACAACCUGGUGUUCCACAGUGCCCUGCUACCUGUGAGGCUAUACCACAUUAUUCUGUCAAUAUGACAUUGUAAGGUGUUCCAGCCAUGUGCUUGAGGUCUGAUGGUUGAGGGCUAGGUUUAAUCUUACCCACUCCAGGGUCAUGGUGGCCUCAGACAGCACUUGGGGCUCAGUGCUUCACAAGCCUGUGAGGGUCCUGUCUAGGGGGUCUGAACCCCAAGAUUGGCACACUCAGACUGCAUGUGCAUUGGGAUGGGCACCCAGGGAGCAGACAUGAGUCCGAGAGUUCCCAGAUGCAUCAGGAGCAUGUACAAGCAGGGCCGAUACCACACCGUUUUUAUGAUUAGAGCCUAAGGUGCAGCGAAGCCUGCCAUGUGGUCCAUGCACAGCAGAGCCAGCUGUGGACAGAGACCUGGGUCCUGUGUUAGAACUGAUGGAGAACUUUGAGUAUGAAGAGAACACUGAGGAAUAGAGCUUGCCUCAUUUGGGUGCCCCCAAGCAGAUCAGCCUCUCAGGCAUUUGCAAGCAGGACCUUCAUUGUGGGACUACUACAUCCAUGCCUGGACGCACAGGGACUUCUGUUUCUGGGUGCUGCAGCUCAGUCCAUGGCAGUGAGGUACUGCCUGUCAGGGGGACUGCACACACCCCUCAGCCUAAGGAAGAGGUGCUCUUCCCAGGCAGACAUGGCUUCAGGAAUGCAAACUCAGCCGGGGGUCUGAGAUAGCGCUGAUGGCAGUGCUAUCAGCUCUGUGGAACGUGGCCAGGUUCACGCCACGUGGGCGAGAGCAGUCUGGGUCUGCUGUGCAGGAGGGCAUGGGGCCAUCUGAGCCAUUUGCUCUGCUGUGGCUCUGCCCUAGCUGACUCUGCCCAAGGUUUCCACAUCUGUAGCAGGUGUAGGAUCUGGCCAGGUAAGAUCUGGGCCUGCCUCUUGGAUAGCAUCUAUUCUGCCUGUCUUCCACUGAGGAAUUGAGACCAAGAAUAGCUAAGACUCCAGUGGGGCCAUCGGGGACCCAAGCCCCCACCCCCACCCAGCCUCCUGCUCUUCAGCCACACCUGGCUUGUGCAUCCUGAGCUGUAGGAUAGCUGGGACAGGGCUCAGAGAAGACAGAACAGGGUCUGGCAAAUGUGGAAGGUGAGGGCAGAAGUGGGGGAAGGGUGCAAAUGUAGGAGAGGCUGCCACAGGCAGUGAGUUCCCAGGGAGGGAAUAGCCCAGAAGAGAUGGUUCCCACCAGAAGUGCUUUUAUGGUACUUCAUAAUCAAAUUUGCUUAAUUACUUCCUACUGGAGAAAUAAAAGACUUACAUAAAUUAAACGCACAUCAUCACGACAUUUCCUAAAAAGUGACAGUGGAGAAUUUCCUGUCCUCAAGACAAGAGGACGCCACACUGGCCGCUUGUCCUCCGAGGACUCUGCUGGUCCUUGCCCUUCACCUCUACCUGGUGUGUCUCCUGCAGCUCUAUAAAAACCUGUGGGCAGCUGUCCUGCAGCAGAGCGGUGUGCUGGAGCGUGCGGCCUGGUGGCCUGAGUUCACUGCCAACAAAUCUGUGGCCAACAGGCUGAAGUCCCAGCUGUAGACACAGUUGGAGGGGUGUCUGAGCAGGAGCAGCCGAUCCAGAGGCCUGGACCCAGACAAUCAGACACCCACGCUGGAAGACACACUAAAUCCUCUCCUUGACUCUCGUCAGCCUGCCGUACCCAUCCCCAAUGGGGUAUUUGCAAGGAGUUUGCACAGUGUGUCUCCCCGAGGGCCUUGGAAUUUAACAAAGGAUUUUGUAAUGCUAUCUCGGGGGCCCAGAUAGGAAUGUAAAGUUCUGCUCAGGUAAACUUUGGGAUCCGUGGAAGAUUUUCAAGAUGCUCUCUUCUCUCUGCUGCUAUCUGCUUCUUUAACCCUGCUGUGGGGUAACCAUACGUCUGUUUACCUGCCACUUGCCACUCUGUACCAUGGACUGUCAGAAUGUAAUUUGAAGAUUUUUUAUAUGAAAAAAAAUGUUUUAUUAAGUCCUUCGGUGGCACCAGAAGUUUCCACUGAGGAAAGUGCUCCCACAAAAGACAUGCACCAGUUUGCUCACCACAGACACCCCCAUUGUGUCAGUAACUGCUUAGCUGUGGCUUUAGUCCUUUUGUUCCUAAAACAGGAGGAAUGCCCAGUGCCAUCUGUUCCCGUCAAGUGUAUCUCAGCAAAUUCACACACGGCACGACCCUGCCACACUGGCCGUAGCCAGAUCUUGUGAUCCUGAAAGGCACGUGAUGCCAUCCCUUCCUGCCGUAGGGAGGAGCCCAUACUGUUAGCAUUUCUGACAAACUGUUCCGAGCCCCAGGUGCUUGCAGAGCCUGAGAGCCUCUCUCUUCGACAUCUGCUCUCGGUCAGCCACUACACCCUCCCCUGGGUCGGCCCCUUCCCAGAGUCCCACCCCAGCUGAAUGGGGGCCUGCCAUCUUGAGUCUCUGUGGAACCUGAGGGUCAUGUGUUCACAGAUGAUGCCCUCCACCGGAAUCUAUGGCUUUUCCCAACAGUGACCACUAGGUCCUCCCAGCUCUUGGGCUCCUUGCCCUCCAAUCCUGCCAGGCAACAAUCACCUCAGCCACCUGUUCGCCUCACCAUACUUUUGUGUGGGAGCUUGGUUAUCGUCCUGUCUGAUUGGAGGCUGACUAGCAUGUCACAGAAGUGCCCAUGGUUAGAAGAGUGCUGCAUUAAGAUAAGUCACAUGAUUCCCAGGGUCAGGCAGUCUGACUGCAGAGCGCCCCCUGGUGGCCGAGGUGCCAACAGAUAACAAAUUAUUGAAAAUGGCUCAUUAGCUAGCUAUAGCUUCUGAGGGGAAGGAGAGUCAGUUUUCUCUCAGGAGUAGCCACUGGCAGGUUGAUCGGGCUCCAUUGCAUGCCCACACACCCAAGAGCAUAUGUGCGGCACAGAGUGGACUUGAUGGCUUUUGUUGUUGUUUUGUUAUGUGUGCACAUCUAUGUUUUCAUAUCUACCGGUUGGGUAUGCCUUUGUCCCUGGGUAGGGACUGGCUCUCUGGACAAGUAGAUGUCCUGUUAGCCUGCAGACAUCACAUGACUCCCAAGAACGAAUCGUGUAUCCUGGUCCCUGCUCCUGUGCAUGCACAUUCCCCUCCUCUGUCCCGAGGCAGAGGCAAGUGGUGUGUGAGGCCUAUGGGCAGAGGCCACAUUGUGAAGACAAACUUGUAAAGGUCCCAUAAAAAUGAAACAUUUGUAAACAGUGGGAAAGACUUGAAUAAUUGCAAUAAAGUGUUAAAAUUGAA